UCUAGCCGCCCUGGUGGUGUUCCCAAGUGUAGCUCGGGGUUAACUUCUAGUACCAAAAGUGGUAACCCCCCCUGAGCUACACGGGAAUACCUUGCAGCGUUGCUCAGGGAUUAUUAUUAUUUUACCUUGUCCUGCGCUCCCGCGAUGUCCCCCCUGCAGUGUCCCCGGCAAUGUCCUCCGGCUGAUGCCGGCAUCUGUCUUCCGGGUUCCGUUCCCUGCGACGUCGGGACGUACGGGGGACGGAACUGGCGGGAAAUUUGAAAAUGACAAAAAGUGACAU